GCUGUUAUAACCUACUAAAAAAGAGACGUAAACAAAUUUUAAUAAAACCGUAUUAAAGUUUUAUAUUAUGGAGGAGCAAAAUAUUCCUAUUGAUAUUAAUGCUGGAAAGUUGUUGGAAUGGUUAGUUAAUAGACGACAUUGUAAUAAAGAUUGGCAUGUAACAGUGUUAAUCAUUAGAGAAAAAAUUAACAAUGCAAUACAAGAUAUGCCUGUUCAUGAAGGCAUUGCAAAAUUAUUGUCUGGCUCAUAUAUAAAUUACUAUCAUUGUUUGAAGAUAGUAGAAAUUUUAAAAGAAACUGAAGCUGACACAAAAAAUGUAUUUGGCAGGUACGGAUCACAAAGAAUGAAAGACUGGCAAGAAAUAUUACGAUUAUAUGAGAAAGAUAAUGUAUAUCUUGCAGAAGUUGCUCAAAUGCUUAUAAGAAAUGUUAAUUAUGAAAUUCCAAGUACUAAAAAACAAAUUCAAAAAUUAGAACAAAUUCAAACUGUAAGUAUUUACUAUGCAUAUUAUCUAUUACUAUGUAAGCAAAUGGGUAUUCCUGGUGAACAUAUUAAGCAGGAACUAGCAGAGAAAGUCAAAGAACUUCCAGACAUUUAUGAAAAUAUUGCCAAAAAAACGAAAUCAUUAGAAAAAGCUGUAGAAUUUUACUGUGGCUUUGUUGAAUACACUCUUGGUAGGCAGCAUGAUGGUGGUUGUGUUCCUAUGGUAAAAUAUAUAAUUGGUAUGUUAAAUUAUAUUAACUUAGAUAAAGGAAACACUACCACAUAUGAAUGGAUUUAUGGAGAAGCUCCACUAUCAGUUAGUGAGCCACCUUUAAAUAUAAGUUUGGAGAAUGAUGACUUAAGGAAGAAGAAAGUUGAAGAUGCUAAUAAUAUUGGAAUCGAUUUUGGAGAGAUUGACUUAAAUGGGGGUAUAGAUUUUGGUGAUGAUGUUAAUUUAGAUGUUGGAGGUGAAAUUGAUUGGGGUGACGGAAACGUAGAAGAUGUUGCACCUGGAGAUAUUGAUUAUAAUAUUUCUUUAGAAGAAUCUGGUAUAGUUGUAGAAGCAGCUGGUCAUGAAGGUGGAACUGCUACUGGCACUGAAGCAUAUACAGUCCUUGAUAAUCCAGCUACUAGAAGUGAUUUUAUUAAUCAAUUAUUUGAGUUGGAAGCAUUUCUUAAAUUACGUUUAUAUGAGUUUAAAGGCGAUGAUAGUAUAAAUUUCUUGAGCUUCAGUCAGUUACAAGAUUCAUCAUCUAUUCUACAGCAUUCCACUUUAGAAAGAACUCAGAAUAUGUUAGAUAAUGUUCAAGUUGUUAUAUCUGAAAUUUUGAAUACUAAAGUUCAGCAUUUACAUAACAUCAAACAUUCUGGAAGGUACGUGGAUGUUUUAGCUUCGUCAUUAAAACAAAAAUUAAGUUUAGUUGAUAAAAUGAUAACUUUACAAAAGACUAUAAAAGAAAAAAGAGAAAGUGCUGCAGACGAAGCUAAUACUAUUCGACCUCUUUUACAACUUCUUAUACAGAAAACAAAAGAACUGCAAACAGAGAUCGAGAAAGAUAUUUCAAGAAGAUAUAAAAAUAGAGUCGUACAUUUAACUGGAGGCGUAAAUAUUUUGUAA